GGUGAGGUAAAUUGGUAUACUACUUUAGAGCUACCUGAAAUUGAAAUUUAUUACCUUUUAGAAGCUAAAUACUAUGUCACUGAUGUGUGUAGUUGAGCAACCCAUUGUAAAGGCACCGAAAGUGUAAGUUACACAUUAUUUGUAAAUCGAUUCGAUCUAAUCUAAUAAAACAUGCAGUUUAAAGCUGCACUAAACUCCAUUUAGGUGGCGUAGCUGCUGAGAACCCGGUGUCCGAAGAAUCCCGACUGCUCACUACCGUAACAAACUUUAAAACUUUCGCCAUGAAUGUAAAUGAUAAUCAGGCAGAGCCGCCUGAGCCAAAAGAAAAGGAAAGCUGCGUCGAGUGCUCGCGCCCCGGUUCUUAUGGCCAAGUUAUACGAUGCGAUCAAUGCAAUGACAUCUGGCAUAUUCGCUGUGCUGGAGUGACAAAUUCAGCCGCGAAUCUACCAUGGACGUGCCACAACUGCUUGCCACAAAGUGUAGGUUCAGCUACCAGUAGCAACUCGGCUCGUAUUGCUUUACGGUUGCAGCAAUUAGAAGAGGAGCGCACAAUUCAGCGCCGCGAACGGGAAUCCGAGAAAAAGGCCUUUGAACAGGAAAGAAAAACGAUGGAGGAAAAAUAUCGGCUGCUAGAGCAACAGCUGGAAGAUAUCCGGGGAAACCGAAGCAAACAUAGCCGUAUUAGUCUAUCUAGUUUACAGCAAGUGUAUCCAUUCCCGGAGAGUGUGGAUGAAGGUGCUGUGCACACGCGAGAGGAGUCGAAUAAUGUGAUACCAUCUUCAUGGAGGAAAUCCGCGGCCAAACAACAGUGUCAUGGAAAUCCGCUGCAGAUUGCUGGCCUAAACUUCUUUGGGAAUAAGCAUCUUUCCGUGCAGCAAGGAGCCGGGAACUACAACGCUGCCAACAAUUUGAACAAAUUUGAAGCUUCUAAUCUAACUGGCGAUCAGAGAUUCCCUGAGACUGAACCCAUUAGACAGCGUCAGGAAACUUGUCCGGCCCCCACACUUCGUGGAACGCAAGAAAGUCAACUAGCUUUCGAAGCGAAUCCGUUUGCCAGUGCCAACGUCAACGGCAUACUACCGAUCGUCCCACCCGCUUUACCGCCGGUCAGUGUUCCGAAUCAUGUACUUUCCGCUUCACAGUUAGCAGCACGACAGGUUAUGCCUAUCGAUCUACCUACAUUCGAUGGAGAUCCCGCUGAUUGGCCUGUUUUUGUUAGCUCAUUCACGAACACAACUGCGGCAUGCGGAUAUUCAAACGUAGAAAAUCUUGCUCGGCUUCAACGUUGUUUGAAAGGAGCCGCUCUUGAAGCCGUUCGCAGCCGUCUUCUUCUACCGCAGUCAGUACCGCAGGUGAUGAGUACCUUGCAACUGCUCUUUGGGCGCCCGGAAUUGUUGAUUGGCGUGCUGUUGGAAAAGGUGCGAUCAACACCAGCACCUCGUGCAGAGAAGCUUGAGACCCUUAUUGAGUUCGGACUGUCGGUGCAAAGUUUGUGUGACCAUCUGGAAGCAGCAGGACAGCAGUCCCACCUGACGAAUCCGUAUCUCCUGAUGGAACUGGUGGAAAAGUUGCCCGCUCACAUAAAAAUGAACUGGGCGAAUUAUAUGCAGCAAUUUCCGAUGGUGAAUUUAAAGAACUUUGGAGAUUUUAUGAGCAGUAUGGUAACAUCAGCGACUAAAGUGACUAUGUAUUCAGGCGGAUUCCGUAAGCGUGAGGACGCGGAUCUGGGGAUGAAAUCAAAGGGAUCCCCACAUGCUAGUUGUAGCAUCCCUGAGAUUUUAAAUGAUGACACGAUAUGUUGCGUUUGCGAGGAUUCGGAACAUUUGAUUCAAGAAUGUGACAGAUUCAAAGAACUUUCCAUCGAUCCUCGCUGGAAGACAGUAAAAUUAAAUGCGCUUUGUCGCAGCUGUCUACAAUCCCACGUCGGAAGAAAUUGUUGUAACAUUACUGAGUGCGGUAUCAGUGGUUGCACUUCGCGUCACCACCCUCUUCUUCACGCAAAUCAUGCUAAUCCACGAAUACUUGAAAGAGCCGGUAACCAUACUCAUCGUUCACAGAAUAAUCCCAAGAAUCCAUUGCUUUUUCGCGUCGUACCUGUGACUUUGAGUGGACCGCAGAAAACUAUAAAAACCUACGCAUUUCUUGAUGACGGUUCACAUCUCACAUUAAUCGAGGAGGCACUUACCAAGGAACUUGGUGUGAAAGGUAAGACGGUCCCAUUGUGCUUAUCAUGGACAGCAGAUGUCUCACGAUUCGAGUCGGAUUCGAUGCAAUUGCAAUUAUCGAUCACUGGUGCGGACAAUGAAAGGCUACUCAAGUUAGAUGAUGUUCGGACGGUGAAAAAUCUUUCAAUACCAGGACAAACUCUGCGUGUCAACGAGCUUGCAGCAAAGUUUCCACAUCUGAGAGGUCUUGCCAUUAAAAGCUAUGAGAAUGCCGUUCCCAGAAUCCUAAUAGGAGUCAAUAAUUUGCACGUGACUGUUCCACUGAAGGUUAAGGAAGGCCAUUUAGGUGAACCAGUUGCCGCCAGAACUCGCUUGGGAUGGUGCGUUUAUGGGGGAAACGGAUAAGGAAUAACGAAUUCUGUCAACUAUCACGCGGAUAACUUCACAGCAGGAGUACCAACUAUACAACAAUCUGUUAAACAGAAUCAUCGUCACAACUUAUCUGAAAAACUGCAAUUGAAGCAGAUAGCAUCUGAUUAUGGUACCGGAAAAGUAAUUGGGAUAGAUAAUAGUGAGGAUCCCGUAGAGCAUAGAUGUGGAAGUGUAGCUGUUAUUAAAGAAUAUAGUACUAGCAGGGCUUGUACAAAUGAGGGCAUCAGAGUUCAAUCAGGAAUCAUAGUUAAAGGAGAGAGCACUGAUGAAGGCUCAAGAACUACAGUGAUAGAUUAUGCACGAAUGAUUGAUCCUGUGAACAAUCACAUCAGGAGUAGAACACUGGAGCGCAUGCAUUGUAGAACCCAUAAAUAUGGCACUGAUUUAGAUAAUUUCAAAGUUGGUAAAACUGGAACCGGUGGCCAGCUUUACGGGGGGGAGAAUGUUACCGCUGGGAACACUGUCUGUGCUCCGCGGAUGACAGAUGGAUAUAUAAGAACGGAGAGCGAUGAAGAGCAGGUCAAAACAAAGGACAAAAACAAAGUGAAUUAGAAAUCCUACUAAUAUAUAAUUUUUCCUAUACUAUUUGAAUAAUUAACUGCCACUUAAAACUAGUAAUUUGCUAUCCUACUUAAAACUAGAGUGGUAAAAAGAAGCUAAAUACUAUGUCACUGAUGUGUGUAGUUGAGCAACCCAUUGUAAAGGCACCGAAAGUGUAAGUUACACAUUAUUUGUAAAUCGAUUCGAUCUAAUCUAAUAAAACAUGCAGUUUAAAGCUGCACUAAACUCCAUUUAGGUGGCGUAGCUGCUGAGAACCCGGUGUCCGAAGAAUCCCGACUGCUCACUACCGU